CUAGCAGAGCAUCGCUCUCCCUCGCCAGGCUCCCAUUGGUUGCUGCACAGUGACGUAGCAGGCCGAGCACGGCGCUGCUACAGCCGACAGAGUUUAGAUAAGACGACCUUGCUGCCGAGAGCUGACAACAAACAACACACCGUCCGAGGGAAACAUGACUACCCCAAGUUUACCCGCUUUGCCACAGUUGCCAAUGCCUCCGAUGCCCGCAUUACCCAGCUCAGGAUUCAGAUUAUCGAAAGAGCAUGUGGUGGUUGCUGUGCCGGUCGCGGUGGUUGCAGCGGUCGGAGGCUUCCUGGUCAGCCAUUACCUGAGUGGGCGGAGCUGUAAAAAGGGCCUGGUGAACACUUCAAUCAGCAAAGACAGUCCCAAAGUGGUCCACAGCUUCGACAUCGAGGACAUCGCUACCAAGGCCGUGUACUGCCGCUGCUGGAAGUCAAAAAAGUUCCCCUACUGUGACGGAGCCCACACCAAACACAACGAGGAGACCGGGGACAACGUUGGACCGAUCAUCAUCCAAAAGAAGGACGCUUAGAACAGCCAAUCACAGAAAUCCGCCCUCCGUCGACUUCUCAUGCAGCCGCCCCCCAGUUUGUCCAGUUGUUUACCGUCAUCAUUAACAGUGUCACACUGAGGGUUAAUGUUAUGACACUGCUACAGUCGAACAGUGGAUAUUCUUCAUAGCCCAGAACAGAGACUCAGAAAGUGCAGAAUAUGUUACAGAUUUUGAUUUCCGACAUUCCACCCUGUUCCUGCAUUAGAUGAUAUGACUUUGAAAUCAAAGGUCAUUUGAGGAGAGAUAAGGGAGGGACUUUGACAGUCAGCACAGUCAGAAAUGGAGGUAUUGUGUCCGCAGUUGCAUUUUGACGUAAUUAACAAAAAGGAUAUGGUCACUGAAACCUCCCCAUCUGGUGUCUGCUGUGUCCCCUUCCUUCUCGAGUCCUCAGGCGUGGAGCAGGUGGUCGGAACGUGAGGACCUGGCCGCUCUUUUCCUCAGUCAGUCCAGUGUUUCAUUGGAAUUCAGCACAGGCCUUAUAUUUAAAUCCACAGCCCAGCGUCUGAGCACACACAACACCCGCAUGAAUGUUACGUGUUCUAAUUUUUGCACAAAGAGCUGCGUAGUCAGAGGAAAGAGGAGUUUAGCUUGUCUUAAAUGAAAUAAUAAUCUCCAGUCUUGCGACCUGUUGAAACACUAUCUGCUCUUCGUAACCAGUUGCUGUCUGCUUUCUGAGGAAACUGUUGUAUUGAAUCUGUGAAUUGUUCAAAGGUUAAAUCUGCUUAUAAAGGAUAUAUUUUGCUUUUUCAUCAGAUUUAUUUUCUACUGGCUGCGGUGUGUCUGACUCGAUUUACUGUUCUGUAUAUUGUGAAUAAACCUGUUGAGUGAUCUGA